GUGGAAUAUUGAUCAAACAUUCAAGCGUCACUCAAAGAGUAUUUUGGCAGUAGGUCCCACAUUUUCAAAAUGGAUAUCACCUUUGCAUACCAGAAGAAAAGGAGUGAGUUUGGAAGACAAUGCCUAUUUUCGGAUAGAGGGCCAGACUUAAUUGACAACCUUCCCUCAAAUAGGAAGCUAGCCAAGGAUUGGAUAUUGAAAGAUCCUAUAGACAGACAUCAACAAUGUGCACCAAUACAAGCAGAGCAUUACCUAAACACGAUGCGAGCAGAAUAUGUAAACGCUGCUAUGAAUCAUGUAGAAGGAGGUUGGCCAAAGGAUGUGAACUUAGCUGACGAGGAACAACCAAAGAGAUAUAGGAGAAAGAUAGAAAAGGAUGAGGGAUUCAAUCAUACUAUGAUGCAGUUGUUCAAGAACAUGGAAAACUGCAUAUUGCAGAACAACGCCAUCAACAUAUAUCAGCAAUAUUUCUCUGAUGUGGAAGAAACGCCGAUGGUGGAAAAAAGUUCAGCGAGAACGGUGAACGUCUACCAAGAUCAAAGUGUCCCCACCAGGCCUAUUACACACAUCUCUUGGUCACCAGACAAUCAAACUAAGCUGGCCAUUUCACACUGCAACAUGGUGUAUCAGGCGCAAAUACCCAAAGAAUCGCCGUUUUCUUACAUCUGGGAAGUAGAAAAUCCAAAUCGUCCACUGUUAACGCUGAAGCCUCAGCACUCUUGCGUGUGCGUAGAAUACAACCAGAAAGAUCCUCACUUACUAGCGAGUGGUCAUAUUAACGGACUGGUAGCAGUGUGGGACACCAGAAAAGGUCAUGAGCCAGUCGAAUUAAGCGUCACUGAAACCAGCUUCAGAGAUCCUGUGCAUGAUGUGUUGUGGAUUCACUCUAAAACAGGAAAUGAAUUCUUUAGCUCGUCUACAGAUGGACAAGUUAAAUGGUGGGAUUUGCGCAAAUUAGCAGAACCAACAGAAACAUUGAUACUGGACCAUACUCGAGACGAGGAGCAGCAAUUAGCUAAUGCGCUGGGCGCCUCGGUUCUAGAAUAUGAAAGCACGAUUCCUACUAGGUUCAUGGUUGGUACUGAACAAGGUAUCGUUAUCAAUUGCAACAGAAAAGGAAAAUCGGCGUUGGAAAAAAUGACUUCAAGAUAUACGUGCCAGUUUGGUCCAGUCCUAGCCCUCCAAAGAAAUCCAGGAUUUGUGAAAAAUUUCCUCACCAUCGGUGAUUGGACGGCAAAGAUUUGGUCAGAAGAUUGCAGAGAAAGCUGCAUCAUGUGGACUUCUUUCCAUAAAGCAAUGCUGACACACGGAGCCUGGAGUCCAACAAGGUUAUCAGUUUUCUUCACCACAAGAAGCGAUGGAACUUUGGAUGUGUGGGAUAUACUGCAACAGCAAAAGACAGCUGCCUUAGGAGUGAAAGUAUGCGACGAGGCUUUGCGAUGUCUGAGGACUCACGAAAUGGGAAGACUAGUAGCAGUUGGAAACCAAAGAGGCACUACUUAUUUAGUGGAAUUCAGUGAGAAUUUAUCAGUAUGCAACAAGAACGAUAAAAUGCUGCUUACUGCGAUGUUCGAGAGGGAAACGAGACGUGAAAAGAUUCUAGAAGCACGUAACAGAGAAAUUCGAUUGAAACUGAAGACGAAGGCUCAGGCUGAUGAAGGAGCGGGAGAAGGAGCCGAAGGAGGGGAAGGUACAGCCGAAAUGGAAAUCGCUGCGACGGAUGCAACAUUCAUGGACAGCUUUGUAGUGAGCGCUGAACGAGAAUUCUACACCGCGAUUGAGCAAGAACUGGCAAAGUUGAAACCUGUAGAAGAAGCGCCACCAGAUGAAGUACACGAAGAGCAUGAUCAAUUCACGGAAAUGAAACCGCAACCGGUACCGGUUCAAGCGGAACUGCCCAACCCUUCACCGCAAAAGGAGAAAGCGAAGGACAAAGUUAACAAAUCAGUUGGUACGUAAGCAUACUUCCACAUUGUCCGUCUCUUUGGUGGCAGACCAGACAGAGCUAACUUACCUUAUCUUACCUUUAUUUUCGUAUGUAUAAUGUCAAUCAAAAUCCGAAAACAAUAGAAUUAUAUAAAACAGUUAAA